AUGUCUUGGGACUCUUACCGCGAUAGACUCAUUCAAAGUGGAUGUGUCGAAAAAGCUGCCAUCUGUGGAGUCGAAGAUGCCGCUGUCUGGAGCCAAAGUUCCGGAUUCAAUGUGACACCGGUUGAUAUAAAGUCCAUAAUGAAUGCCUUUUCUGACCCGGCAGACAUCCGAGCAAAUGGAAUUAAUGUUGGGGGAACUAAAUAUUUUUGUCUGCAAGCAGAUAAUUCUCAAAUCCAAGGAAGAAAAGGUUCCUCUGGGGUUUCUAUUGCUAAGUCCAAUAGAUGUUUGAUAAUAGGAACUUAUUCUGACAUUCAGCAGCCAGGGAAUUGUAGAAAGCAAGUAGAAGUGAUUAGAGACUAUCUCCUCAAUACUGGCUAUUAA